GGCUUAAUAUAUAAAGUAAUUUGUAGAGAGAGUCUGAUCAGUUAUGCCGAGUGCAGCAGCCACAAGUAGCCGUGCGAGGGAGGAGAGCGGGGUGCUGAAGCUGGUGCACCCUGGGGGGAUCGUCGAGGUGCACCGCCGCCCGGUGGCGGCGUCCUACGUCAUGGCACGGAACCCGCGGCACUUCGUGACGCGGCCCGACGUGUUCCGGUUCCCGUGGUUCGUGGUCCGGCCCGACUCCCUGCUGCGGCCCGGCCGCGUCUUCUUCAUCGUCCCCUGCCACACCCUCUACCGCCUCCUGCGCAGCUCCAAGUCUCCGCCCCCCCGCCUGCUGCCCCCCACGCCACCGCCGUCGGCGACAGAGAAGGCCGAUCCGGCGCCGCAUGGGAAUUGUAAGCUCAAGUCAUGCCUGAAGAAGGGGAACUCCGCGAGAUCGCUGGACGGCCGGAGAGUCCAGUUCGUGCUUCCCGAGACCGAGGAUGAAGAUUAAGGUGGCGGAGGCGAAUUACGAGAGCGAAGAUCCCCGCGAGGAGUCGUGGUGAGUUCUCAAGCUAGCUAGGUUGCAUGUACAGUUUGCUUUCUCUCAUAGCAAUCUAAAAUUAAACAGUUAAAGUGUGUGUGUAAGGGCGUCUAUGAGCGUGCGAGGCGACCCGUCUCUCUAGAUCUGUUGUACCAACGAGAACUAGCUAGUUUGUUUAUACACUAGUUGAGAUCUAGUGCGUUCCGUCUCGGCAAUAAUUAAUUACAGCCUGUCUUAAUUUCUUUUUCUUUUUUGCUUUUUGGGUGUCAUCUAGCUAGCACAGAACUUUAUUAAUAAGAUACAUUAGGAAUAAUUUAUGCUCAUGUGCAUUUAGAAAUAGAUGAUAUAUAUUACAAUAUG